AUGAGCGGCAGAUUCAUCGAUCAAAGCUACACUUGGAGUCGCCUUUGCAUAAGUGAGGAACACUUUCGACGACUCUUUACGCACAUGGCUGUACACCCUAAUUUUAUAGAUGUGGUCCGCUUAUUUUGCGAAAAGACGGGCCCUGUGGAGGAAGGCUUCAGCUCGUUGUUUAUGAACAUGUCUGAAGAGGAUCUUUCCAGCAAUCACUCGGCGCCAGAUCAAGACUGCAGCUACUAUAUCGGAUACAACAUUAAGUAUGUCGCAAAACACGGCCGACGCUAUCCAACAGACCCGUUCUCUAUCCGAGAGGUUGGUGUCUACCAACACUUUUCAUCUUCAGGUCAACGGUGUCAGUGGGUAUUCUUGCAAGCCCCAGACCAGCUCAAAGACAGAUUGAGGAGUAACCUCCAGUGCUUUGAUGACAAUCCGCCUAUGAUGCAGGUUCUACAGCAUUCGAUGUUACUCCUAGAAGUGUCUGAAGACUGGCGCGAGUAUCUGGUGUAUCUUGAAGAAGAGUUCUCCAAGAUAGUCGACCGAGGCUUCUUCACCAAUGUCAAGGAGCUUCAUACUGAAGGGGACGUGCAAGCCGAUUUUUCAGAUCUUAGAAAGCUGCACAUCCUGACUGACAAGCUGCUGAGACUAGCUCACAUACUGAAGUUGAACAUUCGACUCGGCUGUCAGCUAAGAAGCGGGGUGCUAGACCUCAAGAUGAUCUCGUCACCGGCUUUGCAGAUCAGCUUCAAUGAGAUGCAAGGUAGAUUGGACAGAUAUGUAUACCAACAAGAGACAAGUUUGGCCAGGAUUGAGACACUCAUUGCGCGGUCUGCCGGAAUAGGCCAACUUCAUAUCAACCACGAGAUGCAGCGAUUGACAGAACAGGGCAUCAAAGAGAACGCCCUGAUGAAACGCCUCACAGAACAGUCUACAAAUGACACUCGGUCUAUGAUGACAAUCGCCCUGAUCUCCGCCAUAUUUCUACCUGCGACCUUCCUAGCCGUAAGUUGCUUUUGUGCGCCGAGCGAUUGUAUCUUGCGACUAACUAAAAGCUAG